AUUGACUCCAUUAUAAUUUCUCCUCUGUAACGAAGACCACAGCCAAUUUUAAAAAUAAUAAAUACUCGAACUAUAAUUUUGUCAAGAUUAAACAAUCGAUGACGUAUAUAAAUAAAAAAAUGUAAAAGUCAUUAAAUUAUCAAAGUCAGCAACCGAGAUAAAUAUAGAAAUAUUAUAAAAAAUAUACGUACACAAAAUAAGCGUUUAAAUUUGAAUAUUUUAAAAACCAAUAAUAAAAAAUACAAAAUAUUUAAUGGUCAAUGAAGAUAUAUAGUUUUAAUGAAAGCAGCUAGCAUGCGUGCGCAAGCGCAACAUGUCGUCCUAUGGCUCGUGCAGCGUUCUCAUUCAGCCGCGAAGGUCGGCAACGCUUGGCCGGUGUGCUGCGCGCGCUGCUGAUCGCUCAACUGGUGCUAUCGCUGGUCACGGCUAUAUACUGUUACAACGCUUCGCAGCGGGUCAUGUCACUUUUGAAGCAUAUACAUAAGAUAACUGUGUAUCUUCUCUACGGGUUGAUCCUCUGUCAUGCUUACUGCAUGAAGCUACACUACACGAGUGGUCUCCGUCUGAUAACUCUGCUGCUUCAAAGUCCUUACUGGCCUCGAGGCACGCUGGUCACCAAGAUCUGGCUGCUCACCGGGACUAUGGUGGCUGCCAAUGGAAUGCUGGUGUAUGCGGCUUACCGGGGCACUUUGAGGGCGCUGUCGAAGGAACUGGCCUCGUCAUUGAGUGUCGGUAUAUCGCAGUACCUUGCUGAACCUACAUGGAAAUCUCUUAUGGAUACCAUGCAGGUUGAGCUGAGUUGCUGUGGCGUGGACAAACCCAGCGACUGGCACAAGAUACCCUGGCUUAACAUGGACUUCCUGAACGAGAACUCCUCACUUGUCCUCACGGUGGCAAGUUCCGAUGGGAAGGUUCUUCCACCUGUGACACCAUACUCGUGCUGUACCCCCAGAGUGUUGUCUGCGUGCUAUCACGAUCCUUUACAGCAGUCGGAGUGGGCGGGCGUGUGGGCUGUGAGCUCGGCGCUGGUGCCGGCGUCGCUGCACACGCGCGGCUGCGUGGAGGCGGUGCGCGCGCCGCUCACGCGCGCUCUGCUCGCGCUCCACUGCUUCGCUAUGCUUGUGUGUCUGCUGCAGAUAAUAAUAGUUGCGCUGACGCAGCUGCUGCGUACGAGUGCGCGGUCGGCCGUGCUGGCCGGCGUCUGCGACGGCGUCGGCGUCGGGUCGCUGCUGCCCGCCACGCCGCUCAUACCCACCGAGAACCUAGCAUGUUCAGUAGAAGCCCCGCAAUGCCACGCAAGCAGUUCUUGCGCUAUCGCAUUAACUAGAAGACGCAGACGGCGAAUACCAGCAGUUUCCACCAGCUAUCCUUGUUUAUCAUGAGGCGUCGAAUGAAGUAAAUCGGGAGACCUUUGUAAAUAUUUUGUACAUAAUAUUGUUAAAAGUAUUUAGAUUGUGUAAAAAAAUAAAAUAAAUAAUUCAAUCAAUGCAA